AUGGAUAUAUUACUAAAUGAUAGAUAUCGUCUGUUAAAUUAUAGAAAAGUAGAAGAUAGCUGUAAAUCAUCGAAUUCUAAAAAUCCAUAUAUAUAUUUAAAAGGACAACUUGCAUUCUACUCUGAAAACCCACUCUUACUUCAACAGCGUAUCCAUGAUAGCUGCUUUACAAGAUCUAGUGUAGUUGGAUUGGGAGGGGGAGUACUGGGUUUUUUAUUUUCAUCAUUUAUAUAUACUAUGAAAGGUAGAAGCACUAAUGCAAAACAGAUGUUGUCUCAUGAAAUUUCAGGUUCACUUUUAAAGCAAAUGAGAAGCGAUUUUAAAGAAUUUCUUACUGAAGCUAAGAAGAACUCAUAUAAUUGGGCUAAGUUUGGCUUUGGAUUCUCAAUAGUUGAUUGUUUUAUUGCUAAACAGCGUGCUCAAAGUGACAGUCUCAAUGCCAUUUAUUCAGCUUGCAUCACAGGUGGCAUUAUGAGAAUAAAUGGUGGAAUUUUGUCAUCUAUUAGUGGUUGCGCAAGUUUUGCUGCCUUUACCUUCUUUAUGGAGUACUUAUCAAUAUUUAGGAAUGAUAGCACAACUAGAUAUAAUAGGGCUGCUGAUGAAGAUUAA